AGUGGAGCUCGCGCGGCCCCGCGCUUGACUCAUCAGUCUACUUGGAGCAAGAGCGACCUGGGAGCGGGCACAUGUGCGAUGUGCCAGCAUGAUGCUGCCUGGAUAGUCGGGGGGCGACGGCGAGGACGCGGACACAAGAGCUCACAGACCAGCGGAAUCAGGGUGAUCGCCUCAUGCGGGCACAGCCAAAGUCCGGGCGCAUAGGGGUCUGACAAAAAUGGGCGUGCUCCAGCUCCACAACCCCGCCCACCCCAGCGCGCUCCUGCAGCGAGCCAAUCAGAUGCGCCUGACGGGAACCCUGUGCGACGUCAUCAUCACGGUGGACGGCCACGAGUUCCCGGCGCACCGCACGGUCCUGGCGUGCACCAGCAAGAUGUUUGAGAUCUUGUUCCACCGCAGCAGCCUGCGCUACGCCCUGGACUUCCUGUCCCCGAAGACCUUCCAGCAGAUCCUGGAGUACGCCUACACCGCCUCGCUGCAGGCCACCGCCGAGGAUCUGGACGAUCUGCUGUACGCGGCGGAGAUCCUGGAGAUCGAGUUCCUGGAGGAGCAGUGCCUGAAGGUGCUGGAGACCAUCCAGGCGGAGGAGAGCGACGACACGGCGGUGAGCCACCACGGUGACCGGGCCAGACACUGGAGACACAUGAUGUCCAAGAAGCAUUCCAUCCCCGACGGCUCCGCCUGCACCAACCCCAGUGCUCUACACCACCUGGCGCUCUACCACAUGACUGAGAGGAGUCCGCCGGGGACAGAGUCCACCGCACCUCCGGAGUUGAGCCCCAAGCUGGACAUGGACACGGACAUCACCCACCAGCCUCACCGGGGCAACGGCGAGGCCCCGACCCUUGAGCCGGUGCGGGGCGUCAAAUCGGAGAACAUGCAGGUGGACGAGGCGGACUUCUGCGUGGGCGGCUCCUCCGGGGCAGGGGACGGAUGCUCGCCGUCCGACCCAAACAGGGACGAGGGCCCGGGGACGCCGCUGAGAAGCAGCGUGAUCACCAGCACGCGGGAGCUCCACGGCAACCCUGACGACAGCGCCCAAGGGCUGGGGAGCUCUCUGGACUUUUUCCCCGGGUUGGUGGAGAAACACCUGAGCUCGCUGUACUCGGUCACUACCGCCCGCACGGGGGGGACCAUGGCGCCCCUUUCCGUGCCCUCUUCCCUGGGCGUGCCGCUGGACCCGAGGGCCUACGGCGGCCUGCUGCACCAGGGCCUGCUGCACAGGGAGCUCCUCAGCCGGCUGGGACAGUUUGCGGCGGGCAUGAGGCACGAGGGCUCCGCUCAGGGGCCGCAGUGUUGUGGCGAGUGCGGGCUGCAGCUGCACAGCCGGCAGGCUUUGGAACAGCACAGGAGGCUGCAUAACGACGAGAAGGGCCACGGCUGCGAAUACUGUGGCAAGCACUUCCAGGACAGCAUGAGGCUCCGGAUGCACAUGUUGUCUCACACAGCUCCUGCAGAGGCGCUGGUGUGUGAUCAGUGUGGAGCGACCUUCUCUUCAGAGGAGGCUCUGGAUGCCCACAGGCUAACGCACACAGGGACCGACAUGGCGGUGUUCUGUCUGCUGUGUGCAAAGCGCUUCCAGACCCAGAAGGCCCUGCAGCAGCACAUGGAGGUCCACGCCGGCAUGCACAGCUACAUCUGUAGCCACUGCGAGCGACCCUUCCCCAGCCACACCACCCUCAAAAGACACCUGCGCUCGCACUCGGGCGAUCACCCGUUCGAGUGCGAGUACUGUGGGAGCUGCUUCCGAGACGACGGCACCCUGAGGGGCCACAAACGCAUCCACACGGGGGAGAAGCCUUACGAGUGCAACAGCUGCGGGAAACGCUUCAGCCUCAAACACCAGCUAGAGACGCACUACCGUGUACACACAGGUGAGAAGCCAUUCGAGUGUAAGCUGUGUCACCAACGGUCCAGAGACUACUCGGCUAUGAUCAAGCACCUGCGCACCCACAACGGAGCGUCUCCGUACCAGUGCACCAUCUGCCAGGACUUCUGCCCGAGCCUGGCCGCCAUGCAGAAGCACAUGAAGGGCCACAAACCGGAGGAGGUCCCGGCCGACUGGCGGAUAGAAAAGACUUAUCUGUACGUCUGUUACGUCUGAGCAGGUCUUGGACCCAAUGCACAGACAACAACAAGCUUACGCACAUGCACGCACUCAAGGGUGAAAACCUUUGCCGAGACCCUUGCUGUGUCAAUAUGAAAAAAUAAAUAAUGCAAAAGUACAAACCCCGUUUCCAUAUGAGUUGGGAAAUUGUGUUAGAUGUAAAUAUAAACGGAAUACAAUGAUUUGCAAAUCCUUUUCAUCCCAUAUUCAGUUGAAUGCACUACAAAGACAACAUAUUUAAUGUUCAAACUCAAACAUUAUUUUUUUUUGCAAAUAAUAAUUAACAUAGAAUUUCAUGGCUGCAACACGUGCCAAAGUAGUUGGGAAAGGGAAUGUUCACCACUGAGUUACAUCACCUUUUCUUUUAACAACACUCAAUAAACGUUUGGGAACUGAGGAAACUAAUUGUUGAAGCUUCGAAAGUGGAAUUCUUUCCCAUUCUUGUUUUAUGUAGAGCUUCAGUCGUUCAACAGUCCGGGGUCUCCGCUGUCGUAUUUUAAGCUUCACAUUUUCAAUGGGAGACAGAUCUGGACUGCAGGCGGGCCAGUAAAUAACCCGCACUCCUUUUUUACAAAGCCACGCUGUUGUAAGACAUGCUGAAUAUAGCUUGCCAUUGUCUUGCUGAAAUAAGCAGGGGCGUCCAUUAAAAAGACGGCGCUUAGAUGGCAGCAUAUGUUGUUCCAAAACCUGUAUUUACCUUUCAGCAUUAAUGGUGCCUUUACAGAUGUGUUUGAUGAGCAUUCCUCAACUUUAUCAGUAUUUAUUGCCACCUUUCCCAACUUCUUUGUCACGUGUUGCUGGCAUCAAAUUCUAAAGUUAAAGAUUAUUUGCACAAAAAAAAAAUGUUUAUCAGUUUGAACAUCAAAUAUGUUGUCUUUGUAGCAUAUUCAACUGAAUAUAGAAUAGAAUAGAACAGAAAGUACUUGGUGAAAAUUCAGUACCACAGUUCGCUCACAAUAGACAAUAAUAAUAAUAAUUAAUCCAUCCAUCCAUCCAUUUUCUACCGCUUAUUCCCUUCCGCCCGAUUGUAGCUGAGAUAAUAAAUAAUAUAUAACAUAUAUAUAAUAUAUGAAUAUUAUAAAUACAUUCUACAUAUAUUCUACAUUUAAGUGCAGUCAAGGAACAUAUGCAUUAUACAGUCUGAUGGCUGUCGGUAUGAAGGACCUCCUGUGUCGUUCCGUGUUGCAUUUAGGGAGUCUGAGCCUUCCACUGAACGUGCUCAUUCUCUCCGCAAGGUCCGAGUGUAGUGGGUGGGAGGUGUUGUCCAUAAUGGCUAGGAGUUUUGCAAGACUUCUCCUCUCUGACAUAUUGAAAAUGAUUUGCAAAUCAUUGUAUUCCGUUCAUAUUUACAUCUAACACAAUUUCCCAACUCAUAUGGAAACGGGGUUUGUAGAAAGAGCAUUCUGGGAAAGUGAAACAAAUAACUUCCUUUGAUCCGUGCCAUUUAUGAUGACUAUAUUAGGCUUUAGAAAACCAGCCCAAUAUUUGCUAAAACAAUAAAAAUUUAAAAAAUGGUUGUUACAGGCAACAUGACAUUUCUCAAGGGCGUUCAUAGAAAUUGGAAGUUAUAUUCCAUUUCCUUAUUUUGGAAUUCCUCACAAAAGUAGCGACUAAUUGAGAAUGAAAGUGUUUGUAGUCAGGUCGAUUGCUGCUUAAAAAAAAAAAGAAAAUAUCAGCAAGGAUUGCCAUAUUGUGUGCUAAUGUGAGUGAGCUUGGAAUGUAGUAAAAAGAAUGAGUCUGCGGUUCUUGGACUGUUAGAAAGUUAGCUAAAAUAACUCAACUGUCAUUGGGUUUGAUAGUAGUGUCUGUGAUGGAUUUGUCGGGCUUGUUGACUGAAUGGUAGGGGUGUAACGGUACACAAAAAUUUCGGUUCGGUGCGUACCUCGGUUUAGAGGUCACGGUUCGGUUCAUUUUCGGUACAGUAAGAAAACAACAAAAUAUACAUUUUCUGGUUAUUUAUUUACCAAAUUUGUAAACAAUGGCUUUAUCCUUUUAACAUUGGGAACACUAUAAUAAUUCUGGCCACGUUAAUCCACAUUAAACUGCCUCAAGUUGUUGCUUUGAUUAAAUAAAAUGAAAAAACCUUUCUUCUACAUAUAAAAAGUGCAACAUUAAACAGUUUCCAUUGAAACUGUUUAAUGUCAACUCAUCCUGCUUAUUUUAUUACAGCAUUUGGGAAGCCUGUAGUUGACUUUUAUUAUGUAAAUGUUGUAUUUUUAUUGUGAUAGCAGGGACCCUGCUAUUCAAAACUAGGCUGCCACAUUACUAAUGAUUAAUGUAACUAUAGCUGAAAAAAAGAGACAAUUCAUCCCUAAACACAAUGGAGUUCAAUGAAAAAACAGACAGACAGGGCUUUGCUGCCCCUAACACACACACACACACACACAGCAAAAUGAGCUAACGUUACGCUAAAAGCUAAUUAGCCCUCACCUCAAGCCUAUACUGUGAGCUAGCUGAGCUGCAGUUUAAGUUUCUAGGUCAAUGGGCUCAUAGUGAUGUUAGUAAUAGUUGUGACUGGGAAGUGUUUAGUAUAAUUUGGGUAGAGUGCGCUGCUCCCCUGCUAGACGAAUAUCUCUGCUCGACGCUAAAGCAUUGACUACAUCGUUCUGAAGUCUGAAUACGCACUGCUGAUUGGCUUUGUCUGUAACCAAUCAGAUGGUUGUGUGGGCGGGACAAUGCUUGCUGCUGAGACAGAGCCACAGAGGCAGAAAGCAGAGCAGCUUGUGAAGACUUCUGCUUCUAACCUCGUUCGGUACGAAAAGGUUCAAUACAAAUACGCGUACCGUUACACCCCUACUGAAUGGUGAUAGCGGAGUCCUCCUGAUUGUGCCGUAAACGUAAAAUAGCAAUUCCUCGAAAGGCUUGAUUGGCCGGACAAUUUCUACCCUAAGUUCCCCUGACUUUGUUUUGUUUGUUUUUUCUCUUGUUUUUCCUGCUGUUUCUUGAAUUUGGAGUUGUGUCCAUGUGCACGUUUUUACUUGAACGGCUGCCACGUUUUUGACCUCAUAAGCGUGAUCUCUUUAAUCGUCUCUUUUGCGGUGGGGGUGUCACUGGUUCCGAGGUAGCGGGCUUCUAUUUCAGUGUGAUUUUUCUUUGCUAUUUAUACCUUGUUUGUUACCAAAUAUGUGCUGAUCAUCGUCACCGGAUAAUUUUAACAAGUAGAGCGAGCUCUACCUUUGCAUUACUUUCCCGUAUUUUUGUCCGCAAAGUGUUAAUCCGUCCGUGGUUUUUAUUUCCCCGACAAUUACCGUCACAAUUUAAAUGGUCACAGUGUAGAGAAAAUAAAUGUAAAAAAAAAAAGAAAAAAAAGCCUCAAGUUGGCUUUUUUGUGUUGUUUCUUUAAUACUCUAUAAUUAGAUGUCUUAUAAAUCAGAACAUGUUUUUUUUUUUUUAAGAUAAACUCGAAGAUCUUUUUUUGUUUUGUUUUUUUUUUAAAUAAAAUGUGAUAAAAUAAAAUUCUGACACAGAAUUGUGAAGGUCGGUGUCAGUCUAGGUGUUUGUGUGUCAUGUACAGGCCGUCCUGCGUUGUCGUUCCCUGUGUGAGCCUAACACAGGCCUUAUAGACCUAAAACAUGUUGUAUUUUUGUAUCACAGUAAUUUGCCGUCUUGUUUACAUUUGGUAUGCUUUGAGAAGCGUUUACGCGUGUGCGUUUUCUACCAACCCCGUUUCCAUAUGAGUUGGGAAAUUGUGUUAGAUGUAAAUAUAAACGGAAUACAAUGAUUUGCAAAUCAUUUUCAACCCAUAUUCAGUUGAAUAUGCUACAAAGACAACAUAUUUCAUGUUCAAACUGAUAAACAUUUUUUUUUGCAAAUAAAUUUGAUGCCAGCAACACACGACAAAGAAGUUGGGAAAGGUGGCAAUAAAUACUCAAAGUUGAGGAAUGCUUAUUUGGAACAUCCCACAGGUGUGCAGGCUAAUUGGGAACAGGUGGGUGUCAUGAUUGGGUAUAAAAACAGCUUCCCAAAAAAUGCUAAGUCUUUCACAAGAAAGGAUGGGGCGAGGUCCACCCCUUUGUCCACAACUGCGUGAGCAAAUAGUCAAACAGUUUAAGAACAACGUUUCUCAAAGUGCAAUUGCAAGAAAUUUAGGGAUUUCAACAUCUACAGUCCAUGAUAUCAUCAAAAGGUUCAGAGAAUCUGGAGAAAUCACUCCAUGUAAGCGGCAUGGCCAGAAAACCAACAUUGAAUGACCGUGACCUUCGAUCCCUCAGACAGCACUGUAUCAAAAACCGACAUCAAUCUCUAAAGGAUAUCACCACAUGGGCUCAGGAACACUUCAGAAAACCACUGUCAUUAAAUACAGUUCAUCGCUACAUCUGUAAGUGCAAGUUAAAGCUCUACUAUGCAAAGCGAAAGCCAUUUAUCAACAACAUCCUAAAAAUGCCGCCGGUGUCUCUGGGCCUGAGAUCAUCUAAGAUGGACUGAUGCAAAAUGGAAAAGUGUUCUGUGGUCUGACGAAUCCACAUUUCAAUUUUUUGGGGGAAAUAUUCGACAUGGUGUCAUCCGGACCAAAGGGGAAGCGAACCAUCCAGAUUGUUAUCGACGCAAAGUUCAAAAGCCAGCAUCUGUGAUGGUAUGGGGGUGCAUUAGUGCCCAAGGCAUGGGUAACUUACACAUCUGUGAAGGCACCAUUAAUGCUGAAAGGUACAUACAGAUUUUGGAACAACAUAUGCUGCCAUCCAAGCGCCGUCUUUUUGAUGGACGCCCCUGCUUAUUUCAGCAAGACAAUGCCAAGCCACAUUCAGCACGUGUUACAACAGCGUGGCUUCGUAAUAAAAAAAAAAAAAAAAAAGAGUGCCGGUACUUUCCUGGCCCGCCCGCAGUCCAGACCUGUCUCCCAUGGAAAAUGUGUGGCGCAUUAUGAAGCGUAAAAUACGACAGCGGAGACCCCGGACUUUUGAACGACUGAAAGCUCUACAUAAAACAAGAAUGGGAAAUAAUUUCACUUUCAAAGCUUCAAUAAUUAGUUUCCUCAGUUCCCAAACGUUUAUUUAGUGUUGUUAAAAGAAAAGGUGAUGUAACACAGUGGUGAACAUGCCCUUUCCCAACUACUUUGGCACGUGUUGCAGCCAUGAAAUUCUAAGUUGAUUAUUAAUUGCAAUAAAAAAAAAAGGUUUAUGAGUUUGAACAUCAAAUAUGUUGUCUUUGUAGUGCAUUCAACUGAAUAUGGGUUGAAAAGGAUUUGCAAAUCAUUGUAUUCCGUUUAUAUUUAUAUCUAACACAAUUUCACAACUCAUACGGAAACAGGGUUUGUACGUCUCGAUUCACGUGAAGAAAAGCGACAAAAAAAACACAAAAAAAAGGCCCCUCCCUUGUGCCUCUUUUUCUAAGUAGAGCAUUGACAUGCUUGAGUAUGUGGGUCUGUGCUGUUGGUGUUUGUUUCUUGUUCCCAAACUGAAGAUGAGAUCCUGUGUCGAUCCAACCUUGCGACUGGAAGCGACUUGCUGUGAUGCUGACGCUCUGACGCAAGUUUCGAGCAACGGCGGUGUAAAAAACAAAAAACAAAAAAAAAACUCUCAUCUCGAUUUCGUUCCCGUCAAGAGUGAAGUAAACUAAAAUGGGUUGAAACAAGUGUAUCGCGCAUUUUGGCAACUUGGUGCCAUGGCAACACGCAUUCACUAUCUAUUCUACACAUGAACGUGCACUAUAACCACAUAUAGUCGGUGGACCAAAAGAAAUGGAGCACUUUUGUUUGAAAUGUUUUUUUUUUUGUUUUUUUUUAUCUUUCUAUGUUGUGAUAAUGCAGAUGUCCUUUUAUUUCAUGUGUCCUAGAAGGCUGUGAUUCGCAUCGUUUAGAUAUGUCGAUGUCUGUCUACCUCAGGGCCAGGUCAAAGCUCGAGCUGGUGUCCAAUCAGGGUUGUUCUUCUUGCCAUGUGUGCAGUAAAAUCCCUCCUCAUCGCAGCUUUUUAACACAGUGUGUGAAAGUGUUCUCUCGGUGUGGAUUCAGGCACAACUCGUACGCGUCAGUGUUUGAUGGCAUGGUGAAAAAAAAAAAACAAUUAAAACAAUUUACUAUUCUAUGCA